AUGAGCCCCGCCCCAUGGUAUAAGGAGAGACUAUCUUCAAAGUGUUUCCGAGAAUACGGCUGUAAAAAAGAGAGGUAUUCUGAUGCUCUUAAUACCCAGCGUUGGCGAUUUUUGAAAAGCGGCCUGGAUGACUUCAGGAAUGGCUGCCCUCCAUCUUCUGGCGAAAUCAUCAUCCAUGGCAAAAAGGGUCCCGUCCCAGUUAUUCUGGAUUACAAAAAACCUGACCCUUCGCAGACGGUACCAUGUAAGCCAAGGGAGCUGCCCAGCGAAAAGGACAUUCGUUUUUCCAAGCUCAGCGCCUCUCAGAAAACCAGGAAGGAUUAUAUUGCACAGGCCGAACGCUGCUUGGCUGAACACCCGUUAGCUCUUUAUUCUCAUUUGGAGGAAAGUGUGUCACCAGAGGUUUUUCGCGAUGUCGUGAGGCUCCUGGACCCUGAGAUGCACCAGAGCCGAAGUUUUCAAGCCCAUUCCACAUCCAAAGACUUUCUCACGUCCAAGGACCAACUCAGAUCCAAAGACAUUCUGCCGGCUCUUCAGUAUGAGGCAGAAGAUGGAAUAGGAACAGAAAUGAGGCUGAGCUCCGCUGACCAGUUCUGGAAGCCCAAAAGCAGGAAUCCUUACGUGUGGUUUCGCAAAAAAGAGUCAGGUGCCAGAGAAGAAGCGUGCAGAAUAGGCUACGUUCCUCCCUUGGAUGAAAACAUAAAGCAGAUCACCAAAGAGUUCUGUGCCUGGGUCAACGCUAUGGGAGGCGAACAGUAUAACAUAGAUGAAGCCACCAUCUUGAAACUCUUUGACACCCGGUACGAAACCAAACCUGCCACGUCGACGCCCAUUAAAAUUGUGGAGCUGUAUCACGUGCCGGCAGAACUGAAGCAGUGCCUGGGGAGGCCUCCAUCCCAGGCAGCGUACAAGAGGGCUGUCAAGAUGCCUUCUGAACCAAAGUUGGAGAAGACAAGAUACGGAGCUUGGUACCUCCAUCCCAAGAAAUGGAAAAAACAGAACAUCAAUGAGAAGCCAGCGGUUCCUGACAUCCUCCAACACUUCUUGAAUACCAGGAAGUAUGGCAAAAAGGAGGAAGAAGUAAAGCCACUCCAUGGGAUAUAUGCCUUUGAGGAAUUCCUUGAACAGAAAGGCUACAGGAAGCCUGCGGGUUGUGUGGGCAGGCCGAGAUGGACAUCGGGAAGUCCAAAGAAGAGGGACGCCAAAAUAAAGAAGGAUCUGACUUCGGCGGAGGCCAGGAAGAAGCUGGUCGACGACAAAAUAAAGGAGUUCAAGACCGUUUGGUUUCCUUACAUAGAUUUUGAAAAAGACCCCCAACUUCCUUUUCGCAAAUGA